AUGCAGUACCGCAUACCCGAACCCGUUCGACAGUUCAACACCGGUGACAAAGUUGCUGUUCGCGACUAUCGCAGCCAUAGUGAGAAAUGGAUCGCAGGGACAAUUGACUCGAAAACAGGACCUCUUUCGUACAAAGUGGAAAUUGCACCAGGGACAACAUGGCGUCGGCAUACAGACCAGAUAAGAUCUGCAGAUUUCACCAACUCUGCGCAAAUACCUCCAACCCUGAAUCUAGAUCAACAGUUAAUUCGAUCGAAUGAUGGUACAUUGUCGGCCGAAACAUCAGAUGACUGUGACCGGGACAAGUUAAUCGCGACACCGACCAAGAAACAAGCACCCGAACUGAUGCCUAUACCGACAUGUUCACCGGCAGCAACUUUCGUAUCUGAAAAACGCUAUCCAACCCGUUCCACUCGUAAUGUUGUGCCAAAACGCUACCAGCAGUAA